AUGACUACAAGUCCUCGAAAUCUGUUAACAUUUCGCCUCCCCUCCACCAAGCGACUCAUUUCAUGGGCCGAAUUCGGCUCCCCAAAUGGACGACCGAUCAUCUACCUUCACGGAACCCCUUCUUCUCGCCUCGAGUGUGCCGAAUUUCACCAGGAGCUUCAUGACUGCAAUAUCCGACUGAUCGCCCCAGACCGACCAGGCUUCGGCCGGUCUGAGGUCCACCCUGGGCGAACCAUCGGAGGAUAUGCCAGCGAUGUUCGGGCACUCGCAAAACAACUCAAUCUUUCGGAAUACGCAGUCAUGGGUCAGAGUGGUGGUGGUCCGUAUGCCCUGGCAUGUGCCAGGUACAUCCGCCCAGAAGAAGGUCUUCGAGCCGUGGCGGUCCUCGGGGGCUUGUCACCUUUUGAGUCUGGAUUCGAGGGUGCCCACUGGGCUACGGCUUUCAGCCUCAAAAUGGCCAAGUGGACGCCUGGGCUACUUGGGUUCUUCCUUCGCCUCCCGAUUCCGAGCCGGAAAGGCAACUUCACAGGUCCCCUAGAAGAAUGGACCGUUGAUCCAUCAAUGUUAGCCGAAGCGGAAAAGACACAGCAGGCUUUCGUCAACACUAUGAAAGGCCGAGAAAAAGAGAUCAUGAGCAAACCAGGAGUUGUGCACCAUCUCACCACAACCUUUGUUGAAGCAACAAUCCAGGGUGUCGAUGCUCACUUGUAUGAGUCGAAAUUGUUUGCGCAGGAGUGGGACUUUAAGCUCCAAGAUAUCACCUUCGCAUCGGAGAGCAAGAGACCUUUAAUUAUGUGGUAUGGAACUGAGGAUGUCAACACCACGGUCCACAUGGGCAAAUGGAUUGCUGAGAGAGUGGCUGGGUCGCAGCUUCGGGAGGUCGAGGGAGAGACGCACAAUACGUUGGUGGUCAAAUUUGUUCACUAUUGCGAUGAGCUCCUAAAAAUUGCUGAAAGAUAA